AUGUCCUUCACCCGUGGCCUCGUUUGGUCCUCCGGCGCGCCUGGAUGGGCCGCCGAGCCAGACUUGCUCUCAAUUGAAAGUAUCGCUCGCGCGCAUCUCAAUGUGCCGCAUGAUGAGAAGUGCAUAGUCACUUUCUCAAUUGCGGGUGCGCGUAAUAAGGUCUACAAGGUAGAGACAGCAGGGAGAGCAUGUAUCAUGCGAGUAGCCCUUCCUCUCGACCCGGAGAAAGUCGCAUGCGAAGUAGCGAGCAUGGACUGCGUAAGGCAAGAGCAACAGCAUCCUGGGGUUUCCCUGGAUUCUGAUGGAGCUGGCACCGGGCCAGUCAUUGCGAGGAGUGUGGCGGCAUAUGAGUAUCGAAAGGAAGAGGCAAAUCGUGUCUCAAUUCAGCUCUCAGGCAUGAGAUUUCGGGGUAUCGGCGGACUAUCCAUAUCGGCCGGGGGAGACUUCGCCAUUGGCCGGCUGAUGGACGGCGGAUACGCCACGUACGGCGGCGACACGGACGCAACACUCGGUCCUCACCUCAAUUCGACAGAAUGGCUCCGGAGCCGACUGGCCGCCCUCUACCUCAAUCUCGAUCAGACUCCUGAUGCCCUUCCGGACGAUCUGCCAGAGAGCGAGAGGCAGCGGGUCAUGUCAGAGCUGAGCGAUGCCCGCAUACAAGCCGAUGCCAUCUCCACCUUCCUCCCGGGUUGCUACUCCACAUCUUCCUCCGAAAUCACCACCCUCUACCACAACGACCUUCACCCCGGCAAUAUAUUCGUCGACGAGUCCGACCGCAUCACAGCUGUGCUGGACUGGGAGUUUCUGGGCGUCGUUCCAGACUGGAUGGCCAGCAGUCUACCCAAGCUCUUGCGCUCCAGGAAGAGACAGCUGGAGCCGCGUCAAUCUUUUUACGGGGACCCGGAGGACUACCUGGAUGAGGAAGAAGUGCGGGACUGCCGAGGGAUCAGUGUGUGUUACUGGAUGGAUUUGGAGGAGUAUGAGGCGACGCUUCUGCGGCCUUUCUACCUGGAGGAGCUGGAGCGACUAUCCCCUGGUGCCCGUGAGCGACACGAAGCGACCAAAUUUCAUCGGCUACUGGAGGACCAGAUAGGGCGUCUGGAGAUCGGACGCCCUGUAUGCUAUCUGCCAGACCUCCUGGCUGCGUACAAGGGAGAUGGGAGGGUUCCGGUUCACGAGACACUGGAAUGGCCUUUUCUCGACGAGGACCGUCGGGUUGAUUACGUGGAAUCUGACGAGGAGGCGGUCGACGAGCAUGUCGAUGACAGAAGCGACUGCAAUACUACGGCCGCGGCGGCGCUUUCUGCAGAGGACAACGGUCUUGUCAUCAGCGAAGCGACGGGAGCAGAGGCAGAAGAGGGACAGGGGAUGGAGCCGGAUGUGGCCGAGAGCCAACGAGACGAGGCUGGAGGACCGACUGGCGGGAGGGAGGAGGCAACUGUGGGAGUCAGGCUGGGACCGCUUGCAUCGGUCAGAUCGGCAUACUUAGCAUUGCCAGGGAUGUAUAUCGCUGUGAAUUCAAUGCUCGACCGUCUCUCCAAGACGACACCUUCGUCCUGCUCAAGCGCGAGGGGGCUGGCUUUAACUCUACUCCUCAUUCCUCGUCGAUGCCGUAAAGCGUUUCAGCCUGUCCGUGCGCUCGAUCUCGAAAGCCUCCCUUCAGCGCUCAUUUGGCGCGGGGGAUGCAGCCUGGUCCCAUCUGCAGGUAGUCGGCAUGCGGCUCGUUUGCCUUUCUCGACCCACUCACUAUCGGCAACUCCCGCCCGAUCCGAUUUAGAUCGAUAUCUUACCUCUGGUCUCACUACCCACUUUGCCCGAUCCGCUUCGAUACCGGCUCCGCUAUGCUCGUACAGCCAGUAUCUCCGGAAUGCAAACAAAGUUCUCGAGGAGACCUUGCUUUCGGAGGCAUACCCCGCUGCGGCUCGUCGAGCGGAUACGAUGGAGCCGGACUCGACCUUACAGGCGCGCGGGGACGGGCUCGUGCUUGUCGUGCAUGCGUGUCUGUCAGUGACAGGGGUGGAUUAUACAGUCUGCUCGGGCCUCGUAGUCCAGACAGGAGGAGAUGGCGAAAGAAUGGUGGUCACUUGUGCGCACACACUAGAGGAGAUCGAAUGUCGUCACCCAUCGCUGCUCAAGCAGACCUUCGUGGUCUCGUCCUCCGUCCCACACCGCUCUCUACCAGACGCGCUUAGCCCGACGAUACUACAUGUCCAAUCAAUUCCCACGUCCCUCCCACGCGCCGACCUCCUCGUCCUCCGCCUACCCACCUCGACUCACCCACUGCGAUCACUCCCCGUCAGCCCCUACCCUAUCUAUCGAGACCAAGACGUUCUCGUCCACUUCUUCGGCUCGCCUGAUCCACCGCUCCCGAGACUCUGGCGGGCAGAGCAGGGCCGCGAGCUGUCGACACCAGGGAAGGCGGGAGAGCGAGAGCAGAGCCCGGCGAGACCCUGGCCACAAGGCAUGGGGUGGAAGCGAUGGGUUAGGGGGAGGAUGCUCGGCUACAGAGGAGAUCUAUGGGAAGAGGCCGAGCCCGGGACGGCAGACUCUUUAACCUACAUACUCACAUCCCCUCUACCUUCGCCCGGCUCAUCCGGUGGUCCUAUCGUUGACGCACAGUCUGGCGCGGUGGUGGGUGUGAUAAGCGGGACGAGGAUGGAUAACCGGAUAGAGGGGGAGAGGGGAUGGGGCGCGUCCGCUGAGAACAUAUUCGAGCUAUUCUCACUGCCCGACUUCGUGCCCGCUUCGAAGCGCAAGCCGACUUGA